AUGCCAGGCGACGACUGGGAUGUCGAGAUGUUCGGCGAGGAGCGGCCAGUGUGGGCCAUGACGGUGUGCGGCGUGAAGCGCCCUGCCCCGCCCGAAGGCGGCGAUCGCUCGAAGCAGGCCAACGUAGGCCAAGGCUCAGGCUCUCAGGAAGUUGCCCAGACAGGCCGCGGCGCCAAGUCCAACAAGGAGCUCGAGGAGCUCGCCGAGUUGACGGCGCGCCUGGCGUUGAUCACGGCACGGGAGCAGGCCCUUCUCGAAGGCAGCGUUCUCGAGACUUACCUCGUCCCCGAGCUCCACUUCCUCUCGAAGGCGGGCAUCGAGGCGAAUCGCUUCUACACCGGCGCCGUCGCCGGCCUGAAAGAGCAGAAGAAGACAGACGACAGCGUCGACUUAGGACAGCUGGGCCCUCCGUUCGUUACUGUUUUCUUUAUGGUGAUGGCGGCUGCGGUCAAGGCGGCGCAAGGUGCAGCUCAGGAGCCCAUGGCGAACUUCUUCCAGACGCACGUCAAGGGCCAGCCAGCAGAGCACAUCACACAGUACGUCACGCGCUUCUCGAUCAAAGUACCGAGGGGCGAGCACACCAGCGCCGAGAUGAAGGGCAUGGUGAAGUUCCAGGUGCACAUCCAAACCGCGCGGCCCGCAGGCGUCGUGCUUCGCGAGAUCCUCGACCGCAUUCUCUCGGAGGCAGGCGCCGAGAGGCUCGUCGGCUCGGCCCCGCGCGGGCCCCUCGAGCGCAAGAUUGGCCAGCUGUUGAGCAAGCGGACCUCGCCUCCGCCCCAGCUCUCCCUGCCGAGCGCUCUGCAGAACAGCGAGCGCCUCCGCGCGCUGGUGAAGCGCGGGGUCAUCAAGGAGCGGCCGUGCGUGGAGGCCCACCCGUGGAGCGUGGCAGUCAGAGUGGGCGAGCUCCAGGUGCACAAGACGCUCGCCACAGCUGCAGACGUGGAGGCUGCCACCGUCGCCCUGGCCGCCGUGGAGGCCACGCUGCUGCACCGCAGCGGCAACUUCUACCGGCACAUGCUGGCUGCGAGGGAGCCGGCGGGCGGCAGGAGCGUGGCGCCCUCGGCGCUGGCUCCCGCCGCGGCGCCGCGCGCCCCCGCGGCCGCGGGAGGAGAGGGCGGCCGCUCGUGUUUCGGGUGCCCCCGCUGCGGCCGAAUCUUCAACGUGUUCUCGGAGGACGAGCAGUACCACGCAGUUGUGGCGCUGAAUCACAUGGACAAGCGCGUCCACUUCGCCCCGUGGACGGAGCCACGGUCAGCAGUGGACGUUGCCAGUCUGCAGAAAAGACGUGCCGCAGGCGCGGUCGCCGACAGGCGCACAAACGCACAGUUUCUUGUUGCCGGACGUCGCGGCCUCGCGCUCAGCGACGAGGCAGAGAACGUGAGCAGUGGGGACGGGGACAGGCUCGCCGUCGUCGUGCGCGACCGCGUCGCCCAGAGGCCAACGAGCCGGCGCGCCGCGCCGCGGCCGGACUGCCUGACCCCGAGCCCGGACGGCCUGCCGCAGAAGGUGUUCCUGGCGGACGGCACUGGCGGCUCGCGCAGCGGCUCAGACCACGACCCCUCCGACACCGAGAUGGACCACCCGUACGACCUCGCCGACCAUCUCACGAAGCUCGUCGGCCUUCCCCCGCCCCCGGGGCUCGGCCUCGACUUCGGGGAGAUCGCCGUUCCCAACCGCACGCCGCUGCGCAGCAAGGCGGCCGCGUUCUCGCCCCUCCGCAGCCAGGCCGAGGCGUUCGUCCCCAAGGGCCUCGCGCUGGCAGGGGGCCAGCGCGUGACCUCGAAGGCGCCGGGCGGCGGCGCUCAAGCGAAGGCCCAGGGAUGGACCACGGUGAUGAUGCGCAACGUGCCCCACUCCUACACGUGCGACAAGCUGAUCGAUCUGCUGGAGUCCAACGGGUUCUCGAACCCCGGCAUGCGGGGGUCAUCGGACUUUGUUUACGUCCCGAUCAACUUCACUCAGAUGCUCGGUGUCGGAUAUGCGUUCGUGAAUCUUACCUCUCAGGAGAAAGCGGAGGAGUUCAUACUAGCCUUUGAGGGCUUUGAUGGCUGGGAAUCGUCGUUCUCCAAAACGGCAUGCGCUAUGCAUUGGAGCGUGUGCCAGGGCCUCGACGAGAACAUCAGCCGCUAUCGGAACAGCCCCUUGAUGUGCGAUGACGUGCCGACGUUCUACAAGCCAGUCCUCUUGAAGGACGGCGUGCGAAUCGAGUUCCCCAAGCCGACCAAGCAGUUGCGCACUUUGAGGCGCCGCAAGGCUAAGCAGCAGGAGGGCGAGGGCGAGGGCGAGGAGUGA